CUGCGCGCCUGCCCUGCUGGGAGCAGAGAGGGCCGGGCCUGCAGCGAGCGCCAUGGCCGCGGCGGCAGCAGGAGCAGCAAGAGGAGGGCGAGGAAAAGGCGCUUCGGCGGGCGAGCGGGAGCAGGCGGCGGCCUUCGAGAGCCCCAUCUACGUGACAGGAAGCCCCUGUGCCUUUUCUCCCCACGAGCGGCGCUUGCUGGCUCUCUCUGGGCCCGACGGGCGGCUUCGCGUGUGGGAGACGGCCAGUAGCCGCCUCCAUCACGAGUACGUGCCCUCUGCCCAUCUCAGCGCCGCUUGUACCUGCCUGGCCUGGGCACCGCCGGCCGUCGGAGGAGGCCGACCGCCUCCCAGCAAGGAAGGUCCUCAAAGGAAGAAGAGGAAAUCUGAAGUUGUAGAAGCAGCUGAACAGUUAGAUCUUUUGGCUAUUGGUACUGCUGUUGGUGGCAUUUUAUUAUACAGCACAGUUAAAGGAGAAUUACAGAAUAAACUAAAUGGGCAUGACAAUAAAAUAAACUGCAUACGGUGGCAUCAGGACAAUGGUUGUUUAUAUAGCUGUUCAGAUGACAAACAUAUUGUGGAAUGGGACGUGCAGACAUGUAAAGUAAAAUGUAAAUGGAAAGGAGAUAACAGCAGUGUGAGCUCAUUGUGCAUCAGUCCGGAUGGAAAAGUACUACUUUCAGCAGGUCGAACUAUCAAACUGUGGGACUUGGAGACCAAAGAAGUCUAUAGACAUUUCACAGGACAUGCUACAGCAGUCUCAAUGCUUAGGUUCAUCACAAUGUGGCCUCCAGCUGAAAAUCAACCUUUUGAUGGAAUUACAGGCCUCUAUUUCUUAUCUGGAGCAAUGCAUGACCGGUUACUCAGUGUGUGGCAGGUGAGAUCAGACAGGAAAGAAAAGAACGCUGUGAUGAGUUUCACAGUAACAGAUGAGCCAAUCCAUAUUGACUUGACAAUAUCAGAAAGCAAAGAACAGCCAGUGAAGAUAGCAGUGGUAUGCAGGGAUGGACAACUGCAUUUAUUUGAGCAAGUUUUGAAUGGCUAUUGCAAAAAGCCCCUGACAUCCAAAUGUACAGUCCAGAUAGCAACACCUGGAGAAGAAAAUGAUUCCACACCAAAGCCAGUUCCUAUCUUAGCAGCUGCAUUUUGUUCAGAUAAAGAGUCAUUGCUACUUGUGUAUGGGAAUUCCUUACAUCCUAUUAUUGAGAAAGUGACUUUGAAUACUAUGGAAAGACACAUCUGCUUUGUAAGGGACAUUCAGAAGACUCUGACCCUGAAAACAGACAUGGCUGUAACAAAGGUGAAGACUCCUGUAAUCAACUCAGAGGUCAAAACAUUAGUGCCUGGGAUUCCUGGUCAUAGUUCAACUGUGAAAUCUUCAGUAUGCAGGGAUAAAAAUAAAAGGAAGUCAGAUGGCAAAGAGGAAAGUAUUGAAGAUCGCCUUAGCGCUAUGGAUAUUGAUGUGAUGAAAAUAAAACAGCCAUCCGGAAGCCUUCCUCAAACUGAUAAUUUUGCAGUGCUUUUGGUUCAGGGUUUGGAAAGCAGUGAUCCUGUGAUUUUAAAUAAAGUGCUUCAAACCAGGAAGGAAGCAGUAAUAAAGAAAACAGUAGCCAGAAUUCCCGUAUAUUCUGUUAUUCCACUACUGCAUGAGCUAACAAAAAGGCUACAAGGGCAUCCAUACAAUGCUUCACAAAUGGUUCGAUGGUUAAAACCUGUUCUAACUAUGCAUGCCUCCUACCUUUCAACGUUGCCAGAUCUAGCCUCCCAGCUUGGAACAUUAUAUGAGUUAAUGGAAAGCAGAGUAAAAACUUUGCAAAAGCUAUCUCGCUUGCAUGGAAAACUGUAUCUUAUUAUCACUCAAGUGGCUGCACUAGAACAGGUUCAGGAUGUGCCUGAUAUUGAUCAGACUGCAAAACUAGUAUAUGAAGAAGAAUCAUCAGACGAUGGUUCAGAUGAUGAAAUGGCUGCAGAGAGAGAUUCAGAUGAAAAUUGGGAUGAAGAUGAAGAGAAAGAAGAUGAGGAAAACAAUGAGAGGGAUGAACAGUCGGACGAUGAGCAGGAAAUGGCAAUAGAAAAAGAAAUCAAUGGAGAUUCAGAUUUGGAUCCGGACAAUGACAGUACAAUGCUAUACCGUACAAUACAAUAGCAGAGUUGGAAGGGACCUUGAAAGUCUUCUAGUACAACCCCCUGCCUAGGCAGGAAACCCU